CAAUUGUCUGGUCGGGAGGUUGGUUUGUUUUUUUUUUUGGUUUCAUCUCUCUGUAUUUUUUCCCUGAAGAACGAACAUCUUCUUACAUGUCGGGACCUCAGUGCUGUGAAAACCCGCCGACUCUCAACCCGGUUUCCGGGUCGGGUAACGUCGAGAAGCUGGGUGGACUCGAUGCUUACGUCUCCGGCUCUCCCGAUUCCAAGCUUUCCGUCGUCCUCGUUUCUGAUGUUUUUGGUUAUGAAGCUCCAAACUUGAGGGCCCUUGCGGAUAAGGUUGCGGCUUCUGGAUUCUAUGUUGUAGUUCCUGACUACUUUCAUGGAGAUCCUUUUGAUCCCUCUAACCCAGAGAGACCCAUCUCAGUUUGGAUCAAAGACCAUGGCUCUGAUAAGGGUUUUGAAGAAACCAAACCAGUACUUGAAGCCAUAAAGAGCAAAGGCAUAACUGCCAUUGGAGCUGCAGGGAUGUGUUGGGGAGCAAAAGUAGUGGUGGAAUUGUCUAAACAAGAGCUUAUUCAAGCAGCUGUUUUGCUUCAUCCUUCUUUUGUCACAGUUGAUGAUAUCAAGGGUGUGAAGGCUCCAAUUGCGAUAUUAGGAGCUGAGAUUGAUCAGUUGUCCCCACCCGCUCUCUUGAAGCAAUUUGAGGAGAUUCUAGCUUCCAAACCCGAGGUGUAUAGUUAUGUGAAGAUAUUUCCAAAAGUAUCACACGGUUGGACAGUCAGGUACAACAUCAAGGAUCCAGAGGCGGUGAAAGCUGCAGAAGAAGCUCACAAGGAGAUGCUUGAUUGGUUUGUGACUUACAUCAAAUGAAUUAAGAAAGAAAGGGUUUUAGUGUUCAUAUAUGCAAAUAAUGAAAAGAGAGACAAAGCAUAACUCUUGGUUGGUGUUCCUACUCUCUAUUUGUCUAUUGGAUUUUGAAGCAUAUAUCCAUGCUGUGAGACUGUUCUGUGAUGCCUUUUCUUUAUCGAUGUUUAAUAAUUUUUAUA